UUAUUCGCUCAAAGUAUUUAUUGCAGCUAAAUUCGAAACCUAAUCCCAAACAUCAUCAUCAUGAGCCCACCAGCUUCUAAAUUGUUGUCCGUUGUUGCCAUUAUUAUAUAUGGCGUAGCCUUGAGUGAUGCCGCUGCUGCAUCUUGUUUCCCAAAGUUUAAAAAUGUGGAAAUGAUUCAAUCCGUGGGAAGCGCUUGUGCAAAGACAUUGAUGGCCCAAGGAGUUAAUCUGACGACCAUCCCGACUCCGGCAGAUUUGGAGAAAAAAAAUUGGGAUGAUAAAUGCAUGGCCAACUGUACGAUGACUGAACUCAAACUGAUUUCAAAUAAUACGUUUAAGAAGGACGCGUUACUGGCCCUUCUUAAGGAAAACGUACCACAGGAAGUUCUUCCAAAAUUGACCUCUCUUGUUGACGAAUGUGAAGCAAUAGCAUUCCAGAAAAAUGAUCAUUCUAAGAACAAUACGAAAGAGCAUUCCAAGGAUGGGCAGAACGAGAAAGCAGUAGCUAAAGGUAAAUCUGCUGCAGGUAGAUCAGGUAAUGCAAAAGCAGGAAAGAACAAUAGGGUUACAACAGCCCCAACCAAAGCGAACAAGGUGAAUGAGCAGAAAUUGACUCAUCACGAUAACAGGAUCUGCAAAGAAACUGCCAAAUUUGUCCACUGCUUUCAAGAAAAAGGACAACAGGCCUGUUAAUUUAAAAAAACAUAAUUCUGAACGGGAACCUCUAAUUUAUCUAGAUAAAUUUAUGUACUGGAAAGAUUUGUAGAAAUAUUUAGAUUUGAGUGAUGAAUUGAAUAAACUUUCACCAUAUUAUGCAAUA